GAGCGGCUCCAUGGCACAGGAAUCCAAUGGGGAGGAAAAGAUAAAGAGAUCUCAUGGGAGGAGGGGCUCCAAACCCAUUCCAGGGUGCUCUGAGGAGGAAAGACCCACCCUGUGCCAGGAAGGUGGACAGAGCUUCAGCCGGGGCUCUGAGCUGGUGGUCCCUGAACAGCCUCAUGAUGGGGAGAAGCCCCACAAGUGCUUGGAGUGUGGGAAGUGCUUCAGCCGGAGCUCCCUCCUGAUCACACACCGGCGGAUCCACACUGGAGAGAGGCCGUACGAGUGUCCCAAGUGUGGGAAGAGGUUUCAGAGAAGCUCCACUCUCCUCGUGCACCAGCAGAUUCACACAGAGGAGAGGCCCUUCCGCUGCCCUGACUGCAGGAAGGGCUUCAAUCGCAACUCCACCCUCAUCACCCACCGGCGCAUCCACACUGGGGAGAGGCCCUAUGAGUGUGGGGAAUGUGGGAUGAGCUUCAGCCACAGCUCCAGCCUGAUCCGCCACCAGAGGAUCCACACCAAGGAACGGCCCUACGAGUGUGAGCAAUGUGGGAAGAGCUUCAGCCGGCGCUCCCACUUGAUCUGCCACCAGAACAUCCACGCUGAGGAAAGGCCAUACAAGUGUGGGGAAUGUGGGAAGGGCUUCAACCAGAGGUCCCAGCUGAUCAUCCACCAAAUGCUCCACACUGGGGAGAGGCCCUACGAGUGUCCCAAGUGUCAGAAGCGGUUUCAGACCAGCUCCAAGCUCCUUGUGCACCAGCGGAUUCACAGAGAGGAGAGGCCCUUCCGCUGCCCCGACUGCAGGAAGGGCUUCAAGCACAACUCCACCCUCAUCACCCACCAGCGCAUCCACACUGGGGAGAGGCCCUACGAGUGUGGGGAAUGUGGGAUGAGCUUCAGCCGGCGCUCCCACUUGAUCUGCCACCAGAACAUCCACGCUGAGGAAAGGCCAUACAAGUGUGGGGAAUGUGGGAAGGGCUUCAACCAGAGGUCCAAACUGAUCAUCCAUCAAAUGAUCCACACUGGGGAGAGGCCCUACGAGUGUCCUGAGUGUGGGAAGAGGUUUCAGACCAGCUCCCAUCUCCUCGUGCACCAGCGGAUGCACACAGAUGAGAGGCCCUUCCGCUGCCCUGAAUGUGGGAAGGGCUUCAAGCACAACUCCAACCUCAUCAGGCACCGGCGCAUCCACACUGGGGAGAGGCCCUACAAGUGUCCCCAGUGUGGGAAGAGCUUCUCAGACAGCUCUCACUUGACCAAGCACCAACGGAGGCACCGGUAAGUGAAGCCCUGCGAGUGCCCCGACUGUGGGGAAGAGCUUCCUGCACUGCUCCAACUCCAUCCCCCAUCAGGGGACCCACAUUGGGAAGACCCUGGGCUGGUGGUCCUUUAGUUUGGUGGUUCCUAAUAUUCUUUUGGUUCAUCUUCAUCACUUUAAAACCAGCAAAAUUGGACUGAAAAUCAACAAAUUCAUUAAAGGCAUCUGAAGCCUCA